AUGUGGCGAAAGGCAGCCUCAUUCGGCCACAAACAGCCGCAGCCUAUUAUCGGGCAUUCGGAAGUUUUCCCGAAUCCAUGCUAUCCUGACUUCGCCGACGAACGCAAGAUCAGCACAAUGAUCAACGGACACAGGAUGCUACUGGUUGGCUCGGACGCUUGUUCAAACGGCAUUGUACGCCGCCCCGUUUCCGCAUACCAACUGUUCCUCCGAGAUUGCAUUUUCUGCGCCACCGGUCAACAAUAA